GACCCCGCGCUGUUUUGUUUUUUUAGCCUUGCAAUUUUUUUAAUUUAUUUUAUUUAUUAUGUAUAAUUAUUUAUUAUGGAAAUUUUAAUAGUAUAGUGCAAUGGCGUUUUCGCAAUCUUUUGAUUUCGGAAACAGCACCUUUUUGGAGCUGGAAAAAGGGAUCCUAGCGCCGGGAAAAGAGAACUCCCGUGCCGGAAAUGCAAAUGUCCAAGGAGGAAAUGCUGGCCGGGAUUCAAAGGUUACCAGCCAGGAUAACUACUCGGAGUAUUUCCGAGACGAGUUCUCCUACGAAGUCAAUCAGGCCAAGAAGCCUGAUGAACAGUCUGUGGUCAAUGUGAGCAAGGUUGAGGAGCUCCUAGAAGGAGUUUCCCAUCGGGAUUCCGGCGAUGUUAGCAGCUCAUCCGCGUUUGAUGCCCAAAUCUGUACGGAGGAUGUGUUCGAUACGGAGGACAAGGUCAAAGAAGAAGUCCAGGAGCUGCACAACCUGGACGAGAGCAGCUUUCUCUGUCCCGCGCAGGAUGCGGAGGCUUCCCAGCAACUCAAGGAGGACAUCCUGCGCAGUCGCUGCGUGCUGGCCAAGCAGGGUGUCUACCACGAGGUCUCUCAGGUCACCCAGAACCUGAGCAGCAUGUCGCCCAACCAACUGCGAGUCUCGCCCAACUCCUCCAACAUUCGUGAGCCAGUUCCCGAGCGAAAAGAUCCUCCCCUGGACCUGGAGUCCCAUAAGUCAAUAGCCUCGUGGAACCUUCCCCAUAGCAUUCAGGCGGAAUACAAGAAGAAGGGCGUCGUCCAAAUGUUCGACUGGCAAGUAGAGUGCCUCUGCAAGCCAAGGGUUCUCUUCGAGCACUGCAACCUUGUGUACUCCGCGCCCACAUCUGCCGGCAAGACGCUGGUCAGUGAGAUUUUGCUGUUGAAAACCGUCCUCGAGCGCGGCAAGAAGGUGCUGCUCAUCCUGCCCUUCAUCUCGGUGGUCCGCGAGAAAAUGUUCUAUCUGCAAGAUCUACUUACGCCGGCUGGUUACCGUGUGGAGGGAUUCUACGGGGGAUAUACACCACCUGGAGGCUUCGACAACAUGCAUGUGGCCAUCUGCACAAUCGAGAAGGCCAACUCGAUUGUGAACAAGCUGCUGGAGCAAGGCAAACUGGACACCAUCGGCACCGUAGUGGUCGACGAGGUGCAUCUCAUCUCGGACAAGGGACGCGGCUACAUUCUAGAACUUUUGCUAGCCAAGAUCCUCUACAUGUCCCGUCGUAAUGCCCUGCAGAUCCAGGUGAUCACCAUGUCGGCUACUCUUGAGAAUGUAGAGCUGCUGAAGAGCUGGCUGGACGCCGAGCUGUACAUUACAAACUACCGACCCGUGGCUCUGCAGGAAAUGAUCAAGGUGGGCACGAAGAUCUUCGACAAUCAGCUUAAGUUCCUGCGCGACGUCUCCCAGCUUAAGGAGAUGCGUCAGGCCCUGGGCAACGAUUCGGAUGAUGUGGCCUUGCUCUGCAUCGAAACGUUGCUGGAGGGCUGCUCCGUCGUUGUGUUUUGCCCGUCGAAGGACUGGUGCGAGAACCUGGCCGUUCAGCUGGCCACAGCUAUGCAUGGUCUGAUCAAGUCUGGCUCAGAGCUGGGCCGACGUUUGCGGACUAAUCUCAAUCCAAAGGCAAUCGAGGAAGUUAAGCAACAAUUAAGGGAUAUUCCCACAGGUCUCGAUGCGGUCAUGGGCAAGGCUAUUACCUACGCCUGCGCCUUUCACCACGCCGGCCUAACAACGGAGGAGCGAGACAUUGUGGAGGCGUCUUUCAAAGCGGGAUCGUUAAAGGUCCUGGUGGCCACUAGCACACUUAGCUCGGGUGUUAAUCUGCCCGCUCGACGGGUGCUUAUUCGCUCUCCUUUGUUUGGUGGCAAGCAAAUGAGCUCCCUAACGUACCGUCAGAUGAUCGGUCGAGCAGGGCGUACGGGCAAGGAUACGUUGGGCGAGUCCAUUCUCAUCUGCACGGAGAGCAAUGCGCGAAUCGGAAGAGAUUUGGUCACUGCGCAGCUGCAACCCAUAACUUCCUGCCUGGAAAUGGACGGAAGUACCCACUUGAAACGCGCUCUCCUGGAGGUUAUUUCUUCUGGUGUGGCGAGCACUAAACAGGAUAUUGACUGCUUUGUGAACUGCACGCUGCUGAGUGCCCAGAAGGCCAUGCAGGCGAAGGACCAGCCACAAGAAGAGGACUCGGAAUCCCACUACAUAAACGAUGCCCUGGACUUUCUUGUUGAGUACGAGUUUGUCCGCCUGCAAUCAGACGAGGAGGAGGAGACCACUUCCUAUGUGGCCACGCGUCUGGGUGCCGCUUGUCUGGCUUCCUCCAUGCCGCCCACCGAUGGACUCAUCCUCUUUGCGGAGCUACAGAAGUCCCGUCGUUGCUUCGUUUUAGAGUCUGAGCUGCAUGCUGUCUACCUAGUAACACCCUACUCCGUGUGCUAUCAGCUGCAAGACCUUGACUGGUUGAUUUACCUGGACAUGUGGGAAAAGCUUAGCCCGGCCAUGAAGAAAGUGGGUGAAUUGGUGGGGGUCAAGGAAGCAUUUCUCGUGAAGGCGAUGCGUGGUCAAACGAAACUGGACUACAAGCAGAUGCAAGUGCAUAAGCGUUUCUACACAGCUCUGGCCCUGCAAGAGCUAGUAAACGAGACGCCCAUUAACGUAGUGGUGCACAAGUUCAAGUGCCACCGAGGAAUGCUGCAGGGUCUGCAGCAGAUGGCCUCCACCUUUGCCGGCAUAGUUACCGCCUUUUGCAACUCCCUGCAGUGGUCUACGCUCGCACUGAUCGUAUCACAGUUUAAGGAUCGCCUAUUCUUCGGCAUCCACAGGGAUCUCAUUGAUCUAAUGCGGCUACCCGACUUGUCGCAGAAGCGAGCACGUGCUCUCUUCGAUGCCGGAUUCACCAGUUUGGUAGAGCUGGCCGGCGCUGAUGUCCUGGAGUUGGAGAAAGUGCUCUUUAAUUCGCUCAGCUUCGACUCUGCAAAACAGCACGACCACGAGAACGCGGAGGAAGCGGCCAAGCGGAAUGUGGUGAGAAACUUCUUCAUCACCGGCAAGGCGGGAAUGACAGUGAACGAAGCUGCCAAACUGAUAAUUGGCGAGGCUCGCCAGUUCGUUCAGUACGAGAUCGGAGUGGGAAGUAUUAAGUGGACCCAGACGCAGCAAGAGGGCACUGAAAGUUCCAAGUCCGUGGAGGAGGCAGACAUUCAUCUGUCCUUUGAGGAAGAGCAAGUACGCAACCACCCCCCACCAAAGCGAAAGCUGUCGAGCGGAGAUAAAAACUCUGUUGGAGGUGCCUCGUCCCAAAAGAUUCCAAAACUUGAGCCAUUGGUGAAAAUGCAAAAUAGCCCAGAGCAAAUUCCGAAAGUUGGAACCCUUGAAAUCGCUAAUAACAGUGAUAAAAGCAAACGAGAUUCGCGACUGAGCAACAGGUCGGUUGCUACGAAACGCAGCGUUCAAGAGCUUACAGAGCAGUCUUCUGAGAAGCCCUUGGAAAAGAAGGAAAAUCAAGUCCUGAAUCAGGAAAAGGUUAAUGCUAAAUCUGCAGUCCCAGUAAAGAAGGCACAAUCAAUCACAGAUGAUAAGGCUCAAGAAAAGGUGUCCGUUCCGCCUUCAUCUUCCAAUCUGCCCAUUCAAAACACAAUCCAAGCAAUGGCUGGUGACCUAACUGAAGUCGUUCCAAAACAAAUCCAGAGACAAGACUCGGAAGUUGGGAAAAGUAGUCCAACUGUGCCCAGUCCGCAAUCAGCUAACGAAGAGAGGCCCAGCACCAGCCAUAAUGCCCGUAAGGAGAUGCUUAGAAAAGAAAUUGCCGAACGCCGCAGGAUCGCAUUAAUGAAGAUUCAGCAGAAACGUGCCGAAAAGGAUAACCAGCCUAAGGAUCAACCCAUACAGGCAGCAAGGUCUGCAGCAGUUCCCAUCGAACACAACCCAACUCUUGUAAAUAGUACGCCGGUUACUCAAAAGACGCAAAACACUCCAUAUCAAAAUCACCCAGAAUCGAAAACCACUAAUGAAAACGUAAUGAAUGGAAAGGCAUUUAAAUCGCCCUCCAGAUCCAGUAAGGAAUCUUCUGCCACCCCUACACGCGACCAAAGCAAAAGGUUAUCCUCUCAACUGCCCCGCAGAAGUCCGAGAAAUCAUACACCCUCACCCACACCAACCCCAAAUCGUACCGCCUCCAGGAAGGCUUCCACGACAGAGCUGGAUCUAUUCAUGCCUGACGAUUCCUUUAUGCUGAAUACCGGACUAACUGCUGCUCUCACGGCCGCCGAAAGCAAGUUGCCAGCGUCUUCAGAGGCGGACGAGAUUCCUAGCUCUCAGCCCAAGGAACCGGAGGUGGUUUCAAGCCUGACUCCACAUGCAUCCAGGAUGAUGCGCUCCUACCAGUUACGUUCGCAGCGGCUGCAGAGUCCAAGUUCCCGAGCACAAAUUAGUUCAAUCAAUUCCAGAAUCUCGCCCCCUGAAACCGAGACGGAGUUGGAAUCAAAAGCCGCCACCUCUAACGCGGCCUCUUCUAUGGAACUCUCGGAAAUUUCUAUGGAGAACUCAUUAAUGAAAAAUCCGCAGCAUCUGAACGCCUCGCACAUCAUGAGCUGUUCCAAAACGGAUGACAAUGCCUCAAGUUUCUCAAGCAUAGAUAUAAUUGACGUGUGUGGCAACCGGCAGUUGUUUCAAAAAGCCCUCAUGGAGCUUCUGGAAGCCCCCCGUUUCGGCUUCAGCGUGGGUCUGCAGGCUCAAGCGGGCAGACAGAAGCCCCUAAUCGGAGCCAACCUGCUGAUCAAUCAGGUUGCAGCGAAGGAGCAGCGGGAGGCAGCUGCCGGCCAGCAGGUGCUUUUUCAGGUGGACGACAGCAACUUCAUCUCCGGCUUGUCCUUCUGCCUCUCUGACAAUGUAGUCUACUACAUGAACAUGCAGGAUGAGGAUCAUACGAAGGGGCCAAGAGUGCCCUCCAGUCUUAAGAUGCAGGAACUGUGCAAGCUUAUGGCUCGAACGGAUCUCACGCUACUCAUGCACGAUGGAAAGGAGCAGCUAAAGAUGCUGCUAAGAGCGAUUCCACAGCUGGAGAGGAUCAGCGCUAAAAUGGAAGACCCCAAAGUGGGAAACUGGAUUCUGCAGCCGGACAAGACCAUGAGCUUUCACAAUAUGUGCCAGCAAUUCGCUCCGGAAUGCACUGCUCUUGCUAAUCUCUGUGGAAGCGGUCGUGGCUACAGCAGCUAUGGACUUGAUACUUCCAGUGCCAUUCUGCCAAAAAUAAGGGCUUCAAUUGAGGCCUGUGUAACAGUACACAUACUUCAUGGUCAGAUAGAAAAUCUUGGAAGGAUCGGAUCUGGUCACCUGCUUAAGUUUUUCCAUGAUGUCGAAAUGCCAAUUCAAAUGAGUCUAUGCCACAUGGAAAUCGUUGGCUUUCCAACGAACGAGCAACGGCUGCAGCGAAUCUUCCAGCAAAUGGUGGCGGGCAUGAAGAAGCUGGAGUUAAAAAUCUACGAGCAACAUGGAUCCAGAUUCAAUCUCGGUUCGACGCAGGCUGUGGCCAAGGUGCUGGGUCUCCACCGAAAGGCAAGCGGACGUGUGACCACUUCCCGCCAGGUGCUAGAGAAGUUGGACUCUCCCAUAUCGCUUCUGAUACUGGGUCAUCGAAAGCUGGGCGGGCUUCUGGCCAAGAGCAUUCAACCGCUUCUCAAGUGCUGCCAGGCGGGCCGAAUUCACGGUCAGAGUAUUACGUUUACGGCGACGGGUCGUAUUUCCAUGACCGAGCCGAAUCUGCAGAACGUGGCGAAGGACUUUGCCAUAAAAGUGGGAUCGGAAGCGCUCAACAUAUCCUGUCGCUCAGCAUUCGCACCCAAAGAUGAGGGGCGAUGUCUCCUGUCCGCUGACUUCUGUCAGCUGGAGAUGCGAGUCCUUGCCCACCUGUCGCAGGACAAGGUUCUGAUGGAGGUGAUGAACUCGCCACAGGACUUGUUUACUGCCAUUGCGGCACACUGGAAUAAAAUAGAUGAAUCCGAGGUGUCGGAGCACCUGCGCAACGGCACCAAGCAAAUUUGCUACGGGAUCGUCUACGGCAUGGGCAUGCGCGCCCUUGCUGAGAGCUUAAAGUGCAGUGAACAGGAGGCGCGGAUGGUAUCCGAGCAGUUCCACCAGGCGUACAAGGGCAUUCGAGAGCAUACUCAAAAGGUGGUCAAGUUCGCGCGCAACAACGGAUAUGUGGAGACCAUAACUCGUCGUCGACGCUACCUAGAGCACAUCGACAGUCCCGAGGAGCAUCUGAAAAGCCAAGCCGAGCGCCAGGCCAUCAACUCCGCCAUUCAGGGAUCUGCUGCGGAUAUUGCGAAGAGCGCUAUUUUGAAGAUGGAAAAGAACAUAGCUCGUUAUCGGGAUAAGAUGGGCUUGGGGGAGAACUCAGUGAACCUGGUCAUGCACCUACAUGACGAACUAAUCUUCGAGGUGCCCACCGAAAAGGCCAGGAAAAUUGCCAAAGUUCUCAGCCUCACUAUGGAGAACUGCGUCAAGCUCAAUGUACCACUCAAGGUUAAGCUGAAGCUGGGCCGCAGUUGGGGGGAAAUGCAGGAGAUUAGGGUGUAGAUUGUUGGACCUUUUUAUUAUUGUAGUAUUUCUAAUUUUAUAGAAUUUUUAAUCAAAUUUUUAGACAUGUUUACAAUUUUUUUAAGACUGCUUCGCCUGCCACUCCGUCCAGGAUCCGGCAUAGGCCUUGGCGCUGAGAAUAUAUAGGAAAAUAAAUGUACAGAAUAUAAAUU